AUGUUAUCAAUGGAAAUCCAUUUUGAGAAGGAAAUUUGUCUCGGUACUGGUAUAUCGUUUAUGAUUCUGUCAUUUCUUAUUGUAGUUCCAAAUGGCAUCGUCUUGUACGUACUUUACAGAAACCCUCUUCGUUGUUUUCGAAAAGCUUUCUCCGUGUUUUUGGCGUUUAUUUCUGGAGUGGAUUUCUUCAUCGGCACCGUAGUAUGCAUUGGAGAAACAACAAUCAGAUUUCUGUGCGCGUUUGGCGACCAUAGCCUCCCUCAAGAAGGAGACAUUUUAAGAAUAAUCGGCUAUGGAGCAAUCAACAGUUCUAUUCUCCUGGUAACUGCGAUGUCGGUCGAUCGCCUUAUAGCGGUUGUUUUUCCUCAUUUUCAUCUCCGCAAAGCCAGUCCACGGAAACUCGUCUAUUUUAAUACAGCGAUCAUUAUCUUCUCUAUGAUUUUCGCUCUGCUCCAACUUCAUCCUGGCAUUUCAGUUGAAGUUUACAGAAACGUAGACCAAUAUUUGCACGCCAUUUUUCCUCUUUCUACCAGCACUUUAUGUUAUUUGGGAAUGUUUUUCGUUUUGAGGAAGCAAUCAUUUCGGAUUGGUUUUCAAAGACAAACAGCACUGCCCAGCAACUUAACACUUCGAGAUAUGCGACGAGUAAAAAGAGCACAAAUGGAGAGAAAAUUCGCAACAACUUCAUUUUUUAUUUUGGCAUGUCUGAUUCUUUCGCUCACUCCAUAUUUUGUGGCGAUUAUUAUUGCAGCUCAUUGCGCGAGUUGUGGUGAACAAAACUGGUUUUUUGUGCUCGUAGAGGCAAGUGUCGCUUUUCUUUUCCUCAAUUCAGCCGCGAAUCCGUUUUUGACCACAUUUCGCAUUAACGAGUUAAAGAAAUCUGUGAAAAUAGUUCUACAUGCAACACAGGAAGGAAACGAAGGAAGUUUGGGCGAUUUUCAGCUGCCUGCUACUUCACUAAGGAACAGCAAAUUCGUUUAA